AUGGAACUGACGGAAGAUGAAGAGAAGCGAUUGAGGGCCGAGUAUGAGUUGAAGGAGACGCAGGUGCUCAACUGCAUGUUCGCCAGUUGGUACCCCAACUACAGCAGCCACACGUUCAAGAGUCGAGUCGUGCCGCUACACGAUGAAUUUGUGGAGUAUCUGCAGGACGAAGGCACGAUCUACCUGCCCAGCUCAGCCUACAAGGAGCGCAAACGCGAGAUGGUCGACUACAGCGUGGACGAGUGGGCCGAAGACGACCCGGCCCUGCAGCGAAGGCGUGCUGCCGCCGCAAAGCUGAAACAAAUCCAUGAGAUUGGGACUCAAUCUGAGAGCGACAGUGAGAGCAGCGAAGAGGAGGAAGAAGAGGAAGAGCCCAAGUACGUGGAGUUCCCCGAGCUGGAGGAGGAGAGCGACAGUGAGAGCAGCGAAGAGGAGGAAGAAGAGGAAGAGCCCAAGUACGUGGAGUUCCCCGAGCUGGAGGAGGAGGUGGAACGCGCCAUACGCGAGCUGGAUGGCGCGGUCGUGCCCAAGCUCAACUGGAGCAGCCCCAAGGACGCCAGCUGGAUGAGCGUGGGCGGCACACUCAACUGCUCGUCGUUCGCCGACAUAUGCCUCCUCCUGAAGAGCUCCGAUUUCGUGUCGCACGAUCUGUCCUACGCGUUCUCGGAGAGUGUGGACGAGAAGGGCCGGCCCAGCCAGCUGAAGCGACCACCACAGUUCACGCUCGUGCUCCGGAAGUGGUUCGCGCUUUCGCCCGCCCUCGAGUUCAGGUGCUUCGUCAAGCGCCGCACCCUCGUCGGCAUAAGCCAGCGGGACCCGGCCAAGUUCUAUCCCUUCCUGCCGCGAAUGAAGGCCGAGCUGCUGGAACUGAUUGAAGACUUCUUCGACGCUCACAUCCUCAGCUCCUUCCCCGACGAAAACGUUGUCGUCGAUGUGUACGUGGAGGAGGCCAAGAAGCGAGUGUGGCUGAUGGACUUCAACCCGUUCGGGCCGGUCACCGACGGCAUGCUGUUCUCGUGGGCCGAAAUCUACACCGCGCCAACACCGACAGCCACGACCACGACACAGCAACGGCCUCGACCAGCGAUGGAGGCGGAGAAUGAGAGCAAGACGACCAAGGAAGAGAGGAGUAAGACGGCCACGACGGUGGUCGACGUCGACGUCGACUUUCGAAUCGUCGAGUCGGAGGCCGAGGUGCGCGUGAGUACGGCCAACAGCAGCCGAUUCCCGGUCGACGUGGCGCGAGGCAUGUUCGACGCCGCCACGGCGACCGACAUCAACAAGCUCGUCGAGAUGAUGCAGUCCCAGGGCAAGCUCGCCAGCAUGUGA